UGGUUGUAAGUUCCCUGACACAGUCACAAAUGAGUUUCCUAUUGGUUAGCGUAACAGAACAAGGGUUACAGAAGUAAAACAACACCCAAAAUCUACUUUCAUUCUUCAAUUUUCAUCAAUUAGUGAAAUCAAAUUCCGCACAAGAUUGUUUCUCCCUCUUAUUAGUUACUCAAAUUUCGAACUUUGCUCUGAUACAUCUUCAAAACCUAUUCCUCUUCUGUUUCACAAUUUUUAUUUGAUGGACAAGGGAAAUGAGGCAGAUCAUACCUGUCUAGAAAAGAGUACAAGUAUAUUUGAUGGUGUUGAAGUUCAAGAGCCAUAUGUGGGCAUGGAAUUUGAUUCUGAAGAAGCUGCCAAGAAAUUUUAUUUUGAAUAUGCUAGACGGGUAGGAUUUGCUGUACGUGUUAUGCAACGUCGACGUUCUGGAAUUGAUGGCAGGACUCUUGCUCGUCGACUUGGAUGUAACAAACAAGGAUUCUCACCCAAUAACAAGGGAACAUUGGGGCUAGAGAAAAAACUAAGGCAUAGUGCUCGAGAAGGUUGCAAGGCAACAAUUUUAUUCAAGCUGGAAAAAUCUGGAAAAUGGGUUGUCUCAAGAUUUGUAAAGGAUCACAACCAUCCUUUAAUUGCUACAGCUAAUGGUUUCAAUUCAGCGGACGAUAAAGAUAAAAAAAUUGCUGAACUUACUAUCGAAUUGGAGCGCCAAGAUGAACUGUGUGCUGCGUAUAGAGAAAAACUAAUGAGCUUCAUAAACAAUGUUGAGGAGGAAACAGUGGAAAUGUCCACAAGAAUUCAACUCAUUAUUGAAAAUGUAAGGAGAGCUGAGUCUGAAUUGCAAAAAUGUUCCCAGAACAGUAAGCCUCGGUACUGUACUUGAGUGUAUAAAUUAAUAUAGUAUAUAAUUUCACUAAUUAUAGCACUCCAUUAUACAUUUGAAUUUGUUCUUUCAAUUCUCGGGAGUUCUGAAAGUCGAGGCUAAUAGUACCUUAAAGUAGCAUUGUGAGAGUGUGUUGCUAGCAUUUUUCAAACAUAAAUGAAUUAUUAUUUUGAUGGGAGUGAAA